GAAGUGGGUUGUGGCGACAUGGAAAUAUGUGAGAAGAUCUGUGGAAAACGACGAGGUUGCUCAGAUAUUGCUUAUCCUCGGCUGGUUUUACAUCUUCUGCCUACAGGCGCUAAGGGUCUCAUGCUCUCGGUGAUGUUAGCCUCUCUAAUCUCCAGCCUCACGAGUAUCUUCAACUCUGCCUCAACCUUGUUCACAAUAGACAUCUGGUCCCACAUUCGGCCAAAGGCGACAGAUUCUGAACUCAUGAUAGUUGGCAGAUUCUCAUGA